GCAAACGGCACAGCAAAGGCGCGCACGCCGCUCCGUCAUGGCAUCUACUCCCCCACCAUGACCUUCUUCAACCCCGACACGGAAGACCUCGACAUCCCCAUCAUCAAGAAGCACGCCGUGCGUCUGGCCGAGGCCGGCCUUGUGGGUCUCGUCACCAUGGGAUCCAAUGGAGAAGCGGUGCACCUCACUCGGGCCGAGAAGUCGGCAGUCACGCGAGCAACCCGAGACGCCCUCGAUGAGGCUGGUUUUACGGAUGUGCCCGUCAUCGUUGGCGCCAGCGAGCAGAGCAUCCGCGGCACCAUCGAACUGUGCAAAGAGGCGGGCGCUGCGGGCGGCGAGUACGUGCUGCUCAUCCCGCCUAGCUACUACCGUUAUGCCAUGGAUGAAGCCGCGCUGUACGAGUACUACACCAGCGUGGCUGACGGCUCGCCUCUGCCCGUCAUCAUCUACAACUAUCCCGGAGCCGUCGCCGGCAUCGACAUGGACAGUGACUUUCUGAUCAAGCUGGCCCAGCAUAAGAACAUCAUGGGCACAAAGUUUACGUGCGGCAACACGGGCAAGCUGACGCGCGUUGCUUUGGCCACAACUGCCACAACCGCCAAGAGCUCUGGAAGCGGCUACAUGGCCUUUGGUGGCAUGGCAGACUUCACCAUGCAGACCGCAGCUAGUGGCGGCUCUGGCAUCAUCGCCGGCGGUGCGAACGUCAUGCCAAAGACUUGCGUCAAGGUCUGGAACCUCUGGGCAGAGGGCCAGUUCGACAAGGCCAUUGAGCUGCAAAGGGUGCUAAGCAAGGGUGACUGGGUCCUCACCAAGUCGGCCAUUCCUGGAACAAAGUCAGCCAUCCAGUCAUACUACGGCUACGGCGGUUACCCCAGAAAACCACUCAAGAGAUUGAGCGCCGAGCAAACUGAAGCAAUCAAGCAAGGUAUCAAGGAGGUCAUGGAAGUUGAGAAGAGCUUGUAA